UUUUAACGAAAAAAAAUCACCGCAAAAUGGUACCGAAUUGUGCAAACGCCGAUUACAUGGUCAAGAAACCCGCCGAUGGGAUUAGAGUAAGAGGAGGAAGGUACCGGUACCGUACGUACACCGGCGAAGAACCAUGAAAUUUAACAACGAGCUGCAUCGCAAAUAUCGAAAUAAUUAUUGUAAUUUAAAGUGGGCAUAUCGAAAAACGGGGGGAUGCGCUAGGGGAACGUUUGGUUGGAAAGGGGGGCCCCAAGGUUCCCAAUCUCCACUAUAUAUAAACAGAUUGGAGAUGAGAUUCAACAAGUCACUCACCUCUUGGACUUAAACAUGAAGGCCUUUGUGUGCUUGCUCAUCGUAGCUGCGGUAGCCAGCUACGCCCAAGCUGGUUUCCUUAGUGGAGGCGGUGGAUAUGGCGGCGGAGGUGGUGGAGGAUACGGGGGUGGCGGUGGAGGAUGGAAGAUAAGCAGUGGCAGCUUUGGAGGUGGUGGAAGUUACGGAGGUGGUGGCUGGAAAUCCGGAGGCGGCGGUGGAUUUGGAGGCGGCGGAUACGGUGGUGGCUGGAAAUCUAGCGGCGGAGGUGGCGGAUACGGAGGCGGCUGGCAAUCUGGCGGUAGCGGCUGGCAAUCCGGCGGCGGAGGCGGCUGGAAAUCUGGCGGAGGCGGCGGUGGAUAUGGAGGCGGCAGUGGAGGCGGCAUUAAAAUCAUCAAAAUCAUCACCAGCGGAGGCGGCGGUGGCGGAUAUGGAGGCGGCGGUGGACACGGGGGCGGUUUCGGAGGUGGAUACGGAGGCGGUGGCGGCGGUGGUUACGGAGGUGGAAAAGGUGGAUGGUGGUAAGUUUAGCUAUCAUGAUGACGCCAAAAUUCAGUAUUUGGAAAACAGCUGAAAGCAGCUGACAUCUCUAUCUUCUGCACCUCUACAGAAUCACAAUGAUUCCUGUCUGAAAAACCUGUACAUAUUUUGUAAAUUACU